AAAAUCACGCGAUGGACGUACCCGAUUUUAAGCGUUUUUGUGAAAUAGAUGGAUGGCAUCUCAUCAACAAAACAGACGAAAGUCAGAAAGUGUAAAAAUGUUGUAAUUUUAGCUAAAAUUUCGUGUCGUACGUUGUAGAAAGACUCUGCUGCGUGUAAAUGAAACGGUGUUGAUGUGGAGAAAAGUGACAAAGCAGUGAAAAAGCAUCUAUCCUCUGGAAAACCCCAUACACACCGUGUGGCAUCAUUCCCUGCUUGCCGUGGAAUCAGACGCGCUGAGAUUGUUUUCGGUGUGGAAAAGAAAUCGUUUUAUUAUCGCGGACAAAACGAACAUUUUAGGCAUUUGCUGCUCCUGGAGUGCCCUGUCUGGGUGUGUUCGCCCGAUCGCUGUUGUGUUCGCUUUGCGGAAGAGAGAAACAACCUCUCGGUUAGAAAGCUGGAACAUUCCUGCCAGUCGCACGCCCGCCCCACCCCCACAAACUUUUCCUGUGGUGAAGCAUUGAAUCUGCACACGUCGUCCCGGAAGGAGACCGUGACCUACAGGCUAGGCAGUACCGCCGUGACAGCAGUGAGCGGAGCAGACCGGAAUCACGAAAAGCGAAGGACAAUGACGACACGCGCUCGAAAUGAUGAUGAUUCGCCAUAAGUAAUUGUUGCUCGCUUGUGGAGGCAGGCGGAUACGCGAGAUAUCGCGCAUACGACACCGUGUGUAAAUUAACAUGCUGAUGCAGAUGUGCCGUGUGGAGGAGAGGAAACUUCCAUCACCGCCCCGUGUGAAACAGUCCCAGCGCUUGCCAAUUCUCGUGCGCGGUGGUAAAGCAUAGCAGGCGUGAAAUUUCGUGCGUGUGUGCGCGCGCGUGUGUGUGUGUGUCGGUGUGUUAGAGAGUGGAAUUUAAUAAGCCACUUGAGUCACUUUCAUCGUCCCCUCUUCCCCAAUCGUUUGGCUUUCGCGCGUGUUGUUUCUUCGUGUGAGUGAUUCUUUUUUCUCCUUCGCCCCUCUUCUGAUUCGUUCUUUCUUUCUCUAUCGCGCGCGGGCCCCCGCUCAUCGGUACGGUUGAUUUGCAACUCCCGUGGUCAACCACUGUGCGUGUGUGUGUGUGUGUGUGCUGGGGUGGCACUGUGGGGCGAUGGAGUGACCCGCCAAAGCACCGCGAACGAAUGUUUUCAUACUUCACGUAACACAACUGGUGUCGACGGGCUGCUAUGCGAGGUCAUGGUGUCGCCAAUCGCACCAUUCUAAACGUGCCUGCCCGCGCGCUGCGUGUGUGUGAGAGUUGUUUUUUUGUGUAGUAGCGCGUGCUAUCUUCCGCCAAGCAGAAGGGACGGACCGGAAGGCCUAGACAGAGAUACCGUGUGUGUGUGUGUGCACCUUGCGAUAAUAACGGGGAAAGGAAGCGGGUGGUUUUGCGUAAGACGGAAAACGUGUGUUGGUGCUGUUAGGCGCGUUAGGGGGUGGUGGUGGUCCCGGUAAAAAGUGAAAAGAAAUGGAGAAACAUAAUACGCUGGAUGUCGCGACGUCGGCCCGGGUCGCCGCCACGGGUGGCAGUGCUGGCGGAGCGAGCAGCAAGUUGAAGCGAGCAUUUUCAAUGCCGCGCAAUCCAUUUCAAGGUUCGCGAGGAAGUAGUAAUCCGCCUGCUAAAGCGGUUGGCAAUGGCAACGGUACUGCCGCUGCAGGCGAGAAAGAUGACGAAUCGCGCUGCGAUUCGAGGUUAACCAACAGCAACAAUCAGAAGAAAUCGACCACUACGACGGCAUGCAGUGGUGGUGGUGGUGGGGAAGGUACCGUAGCAGCUGGCAAUGGGAACGGCGGUGAGAAGAAGAUCUUCCGUCGAUUAUCAGUGAAAAAGUUUAUCAAUCGCAUUGCACAACAGAUGACUUAUGUCAACCGUACGGUGGGCAAUCAUAAAUUCGACAAGGUACAAUCGUCCCAAACGUCCACCCUCAAUGGCACGGUACGAGGGGGAGGUGGCGCAGCAACAGGAGAAGGAGGAGGAGGAGGAGGCGGGAACUUUGUCUGGCCACCGGACACUGUGCCGGGUGUGAUAGGGUUGCGGAACCACGGCAACACUUGCUUCAUGAACGCCGUCUUGCAGUGUCUCAGCCACACGGACAUACUGGCACAGUAUUUCGUUUUGGAUCUUUACAAGGCCGAUCUCAAACGACGCAACAAAAUCAAUGCCAAAAAGUUCGGUACGAAGGGUGAGCUGACGGAACAGCUUGCUCUGGUGCUAAAAUCGCUGUGGACGUGCAAAGACGCCCCGGAUUAUAGUUCAAAUUUUAAGGCUGUGGUCGAUCGAUAUGGCAGUCAGUUCCGCAGCUCUACCCAGCACGACGCACAGGAGUUUCUUUUCUGGCUGCUGGACAAGGUGCACGAAGAUUUGAACACGGCAACGAAGCGAAAGUACAAAGCGAUCAAGAAUAAUGGCCGUUCCGAUGAGGUGAUCGCGGCCGAAACGCUGGCCAACUAUGUGCGCUGCAACAACUCGUUCGUGCAGGCCGUGUUCCAGGCCCAGUUUCGCUCCUCGCUGUCCUGCCCGACCUGCGGCAAGCAGAGCAACACGUUCGACCCGUUCUACUGUCUGUCGGUGCCACUGCCCCAGCUGUCCCAGCAGCCCGUGCUGGUGAAGGUGAUCUACUCCUCGCAGCAACCGAAGCAGGUUAAGCUCGGUUUGGGCAUUCCGCACGGUUCGCCCGUGCUGGCGCUGCGCGAACAGCUGCACGCGGAUACGGGCAUUGCGCUCGAUCGGAUGAUACUGACCGAAAUUUGCGAGUCGGGUUUCAGUCGCGUGUUCUGCGACUCGCAUCUCAUGUCGUCGGUGCGCGAAAACGAUCCACUGUACUGUAUCGAAUGUCCGCCUGCCGGCAGUGGCCAGGAGGCGGCCAGCGGGACCAAGAUUGUGCUCUGCCUGUGCAACGGAAAGCGAGACUUUGGUGGGCAUGUGAAGCGCUUCGGUACGCCGUUCUGUUUGGUGGUGAACCGGGACGUAUCGUACAGCGAGCUGCAGAAGCUGCUGCUAAAGGAGAUGUCGAACAUUUUGCGAUCGGAAGUGUUUACGUUCGCCACGCCGGCUCAAAGCCUGUUCCGCAUGCGCCUGCAGGACCCAUCCUGCGAUGCGGACACCUACCUGGAGGCCACGGUCGAGCAUCCACUGUUUACGGAGAUGAUCGAUCUGGCGCUGUCGGUGCUGCCAACGGAUGCAGGGCCGGCCCACGUCAAGCUGCUGCUCGAGUGGACGGAACCGGAACGAUUCUUCAACGAUAUGGGCGAUCCGUUCGUCGAGCACGAAAGCGUCAGCCAGAUGAGGGAGAAAAUCCCGGCCAGCUCGGCCCUAACGCUCGAACAGUGCUUCGAACAUUACACCAAGGCGGAAACGCUCGGCCAGGACAAUGCCUGGAAGUGUCCGCACUGUCAGGAGUACCUGCCGGUGGUGAAAACGCUCGGGCUCUGGUCCCUACCGGACAUAAUGGUGAUACAUCUGAAGCGCUUCCGGCAGCAGCAACUUCGUGCCAGCACGCAGGCAGCGAAGCUGACGAAUUUGGUAAAGUUUCCGCUGCACGGUUUCGACAUGACGCCGCAUCUAGCGCGCGAUCCCUCCGCGCACCAGCAAUCGUCGCACCCGUCCCAGGCAUCCAACCACCACACCUCCGCGCAAAGCCACCAGAACACGCUGGACCGGUCGCAGGGUACGGCGGGAUACACCGAUACGGACAACUGGAGUCCGUGGCGCAAAAUAAUGCGAAGUGCCCAUUCCAAUCAAACACAUUCCAUGCUGGCAGGAGCAGGCGGAGGCGGCGGAACCGGCCGUCGCCAGCUUGCGAUGGACAACCGGUACGACCUGUACGCCGUGUGCUAUCACCAGGGCGACACGCUGGAGACGGGGCACUAUACGGCGGCCUGCAAGAACCCGUACGACGGCCAAUGGUACCGCUUCGAUGACCAGCGUGUCUCGCACGUGCCGAACGAUCGCAUCGACGAGGAAAUCAUCAACAACGAGGCUUACCUACUGUUCUACCAAAGACGAAAGUUACCGUCGGACGGAUCGGGCGAGUGUUCUGGCAGCUCUAGCUCCAGUUCCGGGGAUCAUUGGGUGUCGAAAAUUAUUGUCCCACCAGCACCGGCCAGCGCCGCAGCGACGGCAACGUUGGAGCGCAACAAGAAGGUGCAACCAGUUCCGACGACGGCAGCAGCGGUCAAACCGCUGCCAGUGGCUGUUCCCACAAUUGAGGCGGUCGCUCUGACAACUGCGACAACCCCGUCUUCAGCACCUCCGACCUCGAGCUCCGCGGCAGAAACCACGGCUAGUAUUUCCCCCGAUUCAGCACCGGCAAAAUCGCCCGAUCGUGAUUUCACACAAGCAAAGGAUAGCAUCGUCGAGGUGAUGUCGGUAUCUUCGGCGAACGAGAAAAGUCGCGUCGAAAAGCUCGUCACAGACACGGCGGACGGCUUGUCUGGUCGUGUGGUCACCCCAGAAUCGGUGGAAGCUUGUAGCGAAUCGAACGAAAUGUCCAAACGAGAUGUAGUCAGCAACGUCAUCACUGCGAUAAAAAGUGAUCAGCAAUCUUCAUUACCUUCAUUAUCAUCGUCAGCUGUUGUGCCAACGGAAAAGCAAGAACUCAUCAUCGCAACCCCCGAAGCCAAAGAAUCAAAGAAGAAAGGUAUUGAUGAAGCAGCAACCAAACAAUCUUCGGAAACGCCGAACGUUAACAAUGCCACCGGUAGUAGCGCUGCCGCUGCCCCCAGCCCCACUAGCAAGGUAGCGGCAGAGGAGCAGUCAUCGAGAAAGGACACGCUGGAACGGUUCAACCAAACGUCCAAAUCGGCGGACGAUGGUGGUGGUGAGUCAGCGAAGGGGAAACUUCCGCUUCGCACCGACAAGCACGACCGGGUGGAGCAGAAGCUCGGUCUGGCAACGGGAUCGGUAGCCACCAACGGUGGUGGUCGCUUUUCGCUCCCUUCCUCGCAGCAAUUUCAGGACAUUCUGUGGCGGGAAAACAUGUCCGAGCUGAUGCACCAUCGACCGUCGUCCUUCACCACGUACAAGAGCGUGAUCGAUGCGGGAGACGCCGUUUCACUGAUCCGUGGUGCAAACACGUGCAGCAAGGACACGCUGCUGUUUAUCGACCAGCAGAACCAUGGGCUGGUCGAUCGUGUGGUGCUGGACGACGAUGACGAUCCAGACGACUUGCUUCCCCCGGGUAGCGGAAGUCGAGCAUUGUGGAUUUCCCCGGUUACGCCACACAAGCUGAUAACUGUGUCGCCGAAGAAUUAAUCCGAUUUAAAAGUCGCUAAACCGGUCGGGCUUGUUGAAGGCGAAAGUAGUAUUCCCUAAUUUAAAUGGACACAAAGAGGAGAAGAUGCGUUUGUGUGCGUGCGUGUUUGAGUGUUUUGUUGAACUAUUAUUAUCUCUUUUUUAUUAUUUUAUUAUUGCUAGCGUGUUUUGUAUGUUUUAUUUUGCACCAUUUUUAUUACGUUGUACUCUGUCAUGUUAUGUUAGUGUGUACCCCUUUAAUGUAUUGUCUUUUGUUUUGCGAUAGUAUUUGAGCGCCCACGUGUCUGUCGUGUGCAAAACAAAACAAAACGAAAAAAAAGAUGUGAAGUGAGCGCGCGCAAUAUGAUUGCCGCAAAUCGCACAUUCCUUAAAUUCACCAUGCUGGGCACCACCACGAUUCCUCGACUCGCGGAGCUGCUAUUAUUAUGAUUAUGAUUAUUAUUAUUAUUGCUUUGUUUGUGUGUGUGUGUGUAUUAGGCGUCCAGGCAGCAUCGGGAAGCGUGUGAAAAGAUCCUAUGCGUUUUUUCGUAGUGAUCGAAUCGAACACGCGCGUUCACACUCGCGCCCGGGAGUGAAAGAACGGGGUCAAUUAAUGGCAUAGUGUGGUUUGAUUUGAUUCGUUUAUUGCGUUUGCAUAUGGGUUGUGUGUUCGUUCGUGCAGCUUGCAGGUCGUCGGAUCUAUUGAACCACGGCACGGCUCUGAGCACCCGUCGAGUGUGUGUGUGUGUGUGGGUGGGUGGGAUGGGAAGGGAAGAAAGUGAUAUUUAUUCAAAACAAGAAAACAUGAAACAAGUAGGAACCGAAGGAACCGGGCCUAAGAUAAGAUUGAUGCGAUCGUAGGUUAGAUUCAUACUCAUUUUCUGAAAACAAAACAAAAAAUCAUACACGAGAAAGUAUUUGUAUUUCUUCAUAGGCAAAACAAAACAACAAAAAAACUAGGAAACAUCACCAAACCAGCGCUUCGAAAGCAUGUCUGUGUAUGUGUGAGAUAGUAGAUGAUAGAGAAAAACCGACGGUAGAAAAACCAUACAAAUUAAAUUGCAAAACAAAACAUGGAUCCAGUUUUUUGAGGACAACAACGAAACCAUCCUUCCCUUUUCUCCCCCCUUCCC